AUGCCGAAACAAGUGACAUUGGAGAAAGCUAUCGACAUCGUUCGACUGAGCAUAGCUCUAACGUUCUGUUGGCCGCUUCCUGCACACAGCAGCAGAAAAAAACUAUUCGUCUACAAAACUGUGCAAUUUUUGGCAAUAAUCAACAUUAUCACUCAGCUCCUGGCACUGUUAUACACGAUACACAUACGAUCGGACGAUAUCGAAAUCACAUCGCUGUGUCUCAGCCAGGUGGUAUUAGCGAUGCAAAGUAUCAUUCAGACAAUUAUAUGUUCCAACAAGCACGACACUCUGCAACGCAUAGUCGAGGAAAUGUACGUUUGCGUGAAAGAAGUGCAACAACACGAAAGGGAGAUUUUCAACACAUACCUAGCAAAGUGUAAUGUCAUUUACGCCAGUUACAUAUUCGUCGCUUACAUGAAUACGUCCAUUUAUUUGCUGGGGCCUAUAAUGUUUCCAAUGGUCAACGUAAUAAAUCCGGAAUUACCGUUCGAUAUUAAUCGCACAUCGGUGGGUGUCAUGCUACGCAUUCAUCAUAUUCUUACCGGCUACCAGUUCUGCUCUCAUUUGUGCGUAUGCGUGUUUGGGGCGCUUCUAAUUUGGUUCACCGCAACGAGGUUCGAAUGUUUGACUGUGGAGCUGCAGAACAACACCAAUGUUCGUACGUUGAUCACAUGCAUUCAGAAACAGUUACGAUUAAAGAGAUACGCGGAAGAUGUGAUUACAUGUUUUCGUUUCACGGUAUUUUUUGUCGUAGCGUUAUGCUCAUUCCUCAUGACACUGUGCGCCGUCAUAAUGGUCGUGAAUACACCGGUAUCAGUGAAGAUAAUGUUCGUGUUCCUCAACCUGUAUUUCCUCAUGUAUCUCUAUAUGUAUGCAUGGCCGGCUGAUAACAUGAAAGACAUGGUAGACCACAAACCAGUAACCCUUUCUGUCAAAUGUGUAAUAUCUGAACUGUCUCUGCACUAUUACUGCACGGUAAGAUUGUCAAAGGUCGAAAGAUUUCAUUCAGUGAGGACCACUUUCCAAUAA